AUGGCGCCAGGAGGGGGAAACAUCAAGGUGGUGGUCAGGUGUCGGCCUUUCAAUGGCAGAGACAAAUACUCACAGUCGACAGAAAAGGACCGCAAUGCGCAAUGUAUCGUCCGCAUGGAGGGCGGCCAGACCAUCCUCACGCCGCCCAACAAUAACCCAGCCGUUGGCAAAGCCGCUGGAAAGGCCGCCCUUGAAGGUCCCAAGACCUUUGCCUUCGAUCGCUCCUACUGGUCCUUUGACCGCGCAGCUCCGAACUAUGCUGGCCAGGAGAACCUGCACGAAGACCUGGGCAAGCCGCUGCUUGAGAAUGCCUUCGACGGCUACAACAACUGCAUUUUCGCAUACGGCCAGACGGGUUCCGGAAAAUCAUACUCGAUGAUGGGAUAUGGAAAAGAGUAUGGCAUCAUCCCCAAGAUCUGCCAGGACAUGUUCGAGCGCAUAGGGAGCAUUCAAGAUCAGAACAUAACCUGCACCGUGGAGGUGUCGUACCUGGAAAUUUACAACGAAAAAGUGCGAGAUUUGCUCAACCCAAGCAAUAAAGGAAACCUCAAGGUCCGAGAACAUCCGUCGACUGGUCCGUAUGUGGAGGAUCUGGCCAAGCUGGUAGUGCGCUCUUUUGCAGAAAUUGAGAAUCUUAUGGACGAGGGAAACAAAGCUCGUACCGUUGCCGCGACGAACAUGAACGAGACAUCCUCGCGAUCUCACGCUGUGUUCACCCUCAUCUUGACCCAAAAGCAGAAAGACGUCGAGAUGAAGAUGAGCGGAGAAAAGGUGGCUAAGAUUAGUUUGGUCGAUUUGGCUGGUUCAGAAAGAGCUACGUCUACGGGAGCGACGGGAGCUCGGUUGAAGGAAGGUGCCGAGAUCAAUAGGUCGCUAUCUACUCUUGGUCGUGUCAUUGCAGCGCUGGCAGAUGCUUCGAGCGGCAAGAAGAAGACACAGGUUCCAUAUCGAGACUCUAUCUUGACGUGGUUACUGAAGGACUCCCUGGGUGGUAACAGUUUGACGGCCAUGAUCGCCGCCAUAUCUCCUGCCGAUAUCAACUUUGAAGAGACGCUUUCUACUUUGCGAUACGCCGACUCCGCCAAGCGCAUCAAGAACCACGCUGUCGUGAACGAGGAUCCAAACGCACGUAUGAUACGAGAACUCAAAGAGGAACUGGCCCAACUUCGUUCAAAGCUGAGCGGCGGCGGCCCGGCUGGUAUGCCCAUGGAAGAGCAGUAUGCACCAGACACGCCGCUCGAGAAGCAAAUCGUGUCCAUCACGCAACCAGAUGGAUCGAUUAAAAAGGUGUCCAAGGCUGAGAUUGUGGAGCAAUUGAAUCAGUCUGAGAAACUCUAUCAGGACCUCAAUCAGACUUGGGAAGAAAAGCUUGUAAAAACCGAGGCAAUCCAGAAAGAGCGAGAGGCUGCAUUGGAAGAACUCGGUAUCACCAUUGAGAAGGGCUCCGUUGGCUUGUCAACGCCGAAGAAGAUGCCACAUUUGGUCAACCUGAGCGAUGAUCCGCUGACAUCAGAGUGUUUGGUGUACAAUGUGAAACCAGGUACGACCACCGUUGGCAAUGUAGACAGCGAGAACCAGACAGCCGACAUACGACUGACCGGUGCACAAAUACUCCACGACCACUGCACAUUCGAGAACGUAGACAGUGCAGUAACAGUAAUACCAAAAGACAAUGCCAGUGUAAUGGUCAACGGGAUCCGCAUCGAUAAACCUAAGCGACUGCGAAGUGGCUUCCGCAUCAUACUGGGUGACUUUCACAUCUUCCGUUUCAACAACCCGCAAGAGGCACGAGCGGAGCGUGCAGAAAUAGGCACAAGCUUACUUCGCCAUUCGGUAACCGCGAGCGCUCUCAACUCUCCGUCACCACGGCCCGGCCACGAUAGAUCUUACAGCACAGUGAGCAUGGCGGCCUCGGACGUUGACUCGGAUAGCCCGCGAGCUUCAUCGCCUGCAUUUUUUCAGCGAGGACGCGAUUCUGACUGGUCGCUUGCGAGAAGAGAAGCAGUCACUGCGCUUUUGGGUCCCGACCAGAAGAUCGCAUCCAUGCCUGAUGAAGAGUUUGAUGCGCUGUUUGAUGACUUGCAAAGACUCCGUGCUACGCGAAAAUCUCGGCCAGAGAGCCGGAUAUACGAUGUGAGCUCUGAUCCGGAGGAUAUGGAGUCUGUGAGUUCAUAUCCUGUUCGCGAAAAGUACGCAUCCAACGGGACCCUCGACAACUUUUCUCUGGACACCGUCUUGACGAUGCCUUCAACGCCGCAGCCCGGCGAAGAGGAGGAAAGCUUCCGACAGAUCCGCGAAAGUAUGCAAGAGAAGCUUGAAAAACAAAAGGGGGAGUAUCAGGCUAAGCUGCGGUCGUCGGAAGAGGAUAACGUCGAGAUCGAAGAGAUCAAGGCGGAGAAAGCGCAGAUGGAGGAGAACCUUCGUGCGGCAAAAGAGGAGAUGCAGAAGCAGCUGAAAGCACAGAAGGAGGCCUUCCAUCGCCAACUCAAAGAGCUUGGACACGAACCUCCACCUGAGCUGCCAGGGGAGAAUGGAGUGGAGGACGGAGAGGAGAUCGAGAAGCCCAAUGAGCAGCAUACGGAGUUGGUGAAAAGCGUGUUCCAGCAGUGGCGGAAACGCAAGUACGUCACAAUGGCGGAGACGAUCCUUCAGAACGCAGCGACCUUGAAAGAAGCGCAGGUCAUGAGCCAGCAGAUGGACAAGAAUGUAGUCUUCCAGUUCUGCAUCGUUGAUGUGGGGCACAACAUUGCGUCCUCAUACGAUCUGGUCCUAAACGGCAUCCCAGGAGAAGACGAUGAGUAUCUCGAGAACACACCAAAACCAUGCGUUGGUGUGAGGGUGGUUGACUUCAAGAAUGAGGUAGUGCAUCUUUGGUCGUUACAAAAGCUUCGCUUUCGUGUACGGGUGAUGCACCAGAUGCACCAGUACAUGAACCGUCCAGAAUACCUACAGCACUUCAGCCUUGAGAAUCCGUUCUCAGAACCUUGCAUGCCGGAGUUUUCGCGCAUUGGCGAUGCCGACGUACCUCUUGCCGCUGUUUUCGAAUCGAGGGUGCAGGACUUUAGUCUAGAUGUCAUCUCGCCGUACACAACAAAUGUUGUCGGCAUUAUACGCUUAGCCCUUGAACCUUCUUCCGCCGAAGCACCUUCGACUACUCUUAAAUUUAAUGUCGUAAUGCACGACAUGGUUGGCUUCCCGGAAAGAGAAGGAACUCAGGUCCACGCGCAGCUUUUCCUCCCAGGCAUAUCCGAUGAGAGCGGGGCGACCACCACGCAAAUGAUCACCGACUUUGACGAGGCACCGGUCCGAUUUGAGAGCGUUCAUAGUAUGAGCAUCCCUUAUCCAAACCCGCGAACCACGUUCUUGCGCGUUUCCAUCUUCGCCCGAGUCACGUCUAUGCACCUUGAUAAGCUGCUGAGCUGGGACGACAUGCGAGACUCUGCAACGCGGCCAACACAGAAGCGGCGUAAGGCUCGCCUCCCCGAGUCCGAAUUCUACACCGAAGACACGCAUGACAUAUUCUCUCGCAUACAAGUCCAAGAGAUAUCUGAAGACGGCACAUACAAACCGGUCGACGUCAUUCAGAGCGGGGCCAUGGACGCUGGCGUCUAUCAGCUUCACCAAGGACUCCAGCGCCGCAUCGUGGUCAACUUAACACAUACCAGUGGCGAUACCCUCCAAUGGGAAGACGUACCUUCCAUGCGCGUGGGCCGUCUCCGCCUCGUUGAUACCGAGGGCAACUCUCCGAGCCUCGACAGCAGCCCCGUCCGCGAAGUUCCCAUUAAGCUGGUUUCUCCGCCCGUCGUAAAGUCUAACGCUGACGGCACCGCCAAUGUUACUUUCAUCGGUCAGUGGGAUUCAUCAGUCCAUAAUUCGCUGCUCCUCGACCGCGCAACACCAGACAAGUACCGUGUGCAGGCUUCGCUUUUGUUUAACGUGACGUCGGCCAAACUCGCUGAGCCCAUGGUCUUCAGUCUCGAUCUAGCACUCCAGAUCCGUAGCAGAACAUACAUGCGCCAGGUUUCCCUGUUCUCUUUCUCAAACUUUUUCGCGCAGCAGCGCGUCAUCCACUCCACAGUCGGCAUAUUCAGCAUCGCCAUCCGCCCUACCAGCGUAAAGCGCGCCACAGACCUCUGGCGCAUGAACACCAAUGGCGACUACAUCAAAGGUGAAGAGCACCUCAGCGGCUGGACACCCCGCGGCGUAUCUCUCGUCCGGGACUACAUCGCACUCAACAAACGCCGCCAACGCAUCGCUGAGAUCGAAACCGCGCGCUCCGUCCUCUCCUCCCGCGCCCUCACCACCUUUCCCUCCAACACCUCCUCGGCCACCCUCGACGCCCGCCAAAAAAACCUCCUCCAGCGCGUUAUCGGUCUCUGGAAAAACGGCCGCGCACCCGCAGAGGUAAUCCUCAACCCCACCAACCUCGAGCCGCCCACCAACGGUGCCGCCUUCGCGCCUCGCAGCCCGGACCCCUCGCCUUCCCGUGCCCCAAGCCUCGUCGCCACCGUGCGCUUCGUACCCAAAAAUCCAGAUCUGCUCAAGUCCUCCUACCUCCUUAUGCCCGACCCGACGAACGCGCGCUGGGUACGACGCUUCGUCGAGCUGCGGCGACCGUACCUGCACAUCUACAGUGCGGAGGGCGACGAGCUCAACGCCAUCAACUUGACCAACGCGCGGGUGGAUCACAGUCCGCAGAUUGCGCGGCUUUUGACGGGUGUUGCAGAUGAGACGAGGGGCGCAGGUGGCGUGGGGGAGAUGGUGUGGGCUGUGUUUGCGAAGAGUAACACGUAUGUCUUCCGCGCGAGGAGCGAGAGGGAGAAGAUUGAGUGGAUCUUGAGAAUUGAUCAGAGUUACUUUAGCUCGGAGAAUAGUGAUGAGAGUAGCAAUUGA